AUGUGGAGACGGCCUCUAAGGGUAGAAAAUAUAAGGAGAUACUCCAUACAGCCACGGGCCAAGCCUUCUUACAGGGACUUGAUUUCGGGGCCAGUGGCCAAGUCACUAUUUCUUACCAUUGUAUUUGGAUCAGUGUUAGUGGAUGCCACCAAGAAUAGGAAGGAGAUCGAGGCCCUCCGUGCAGCAUACGAAACGAAGUUUCGCAUUUUGGAAGAUAUAACUACGAGAGUCAGAAACAAAGAACCCGUGGAUGUGGCACUGGAGCUCAAGGUGGCCAAUGCCAUCACACGGAACAAGUACAACUCAGUAACAGAUGUGGAGCUCGAUGAUCAGUUAGAGGAGAUGUUGAAGAUGGCAGAGGAAGAGGAAGAAGGAGAUGAGGUUGUGCAAGCCGACAUGGAGCCUAAGAGAGCACUGGCUGAAGAGAAAAAGAGUGCAACUUUCUUAUAG